CCAGACUUCCCCAAGGAACCAGUGGAUUCCCCAGCCAAAAUUUCUUCCUGGCUAAAGUUCUAUGAGAUGUCGCCGCCCGUGAUGGGAGUGGGCACCAUUGUUUCGCACGAUCCGGAUAAGAUGGACAUAAAAUUGGAGCAUUUCCACUGCUACAGCGAGAACGGCACAGAAGCAGGUCACUUCUACUAUGACACGGAUCCGACGACUGCACACUACCGGGUCUAUCUAGCUCCCGCCAAGAACAUUCUUCGUAUUGACCGUGCAAUAAAGUGA